UAGACAUGAAGUUGGUUUUAAUAGCCACCUUCUCCUUGAUCCUACUCGUUAAUUGCGAGCCGCAACGUGGCUACCCAAAUGAUGAGCAGUUGACCAUAAACUCUAAUAGCAAUCGCAACGAGAAUCGUUAUAGAAACGAUCGCCGCAAGGAAGGGAACCCGAGAAAUCAGGAGAGAGAUAAUGAGGAACGUGAUCAGAGAGAGUAUAGAAACCAGGGCAGAGAAAGAAGUCGAGGAAAUCAAGCUCCUGAUAAUGUAGAUGGCCGUGUGCCAGAAAGACACGGAGCCUACGGUGGAAACUAUGGAUAUCCUUUGCAUGAAGGGUUGGAUUACGCCAACGUAGCCGAACACUUCUCAGGUAGAGACAACUACAGAGAACUAAAAAAGGAUGACAGACGUAUCAAAGAAUAUAAGAAUCGCGAAUAUGAUCCAUACUAUCCAAAGUACUUUUCCCCUGAGAAAAAUUACUCAAAUUAUGAUUUCUACGAAAUGUUUCCCUAUCCCGGCUUUGCAGGCCGUAGAGGUCUAGGAUUUCAGAGAAGAACUUAUCUCGUUAAUGGCUACACCAGCCCUCUAACCAAGGAGUUACUGGAAAUUGUAGGAAAACGUCGGGACUUUGAAUAUGACAAAAACUACCAUAGAGUGAGUGAUUAUUACGAUCUAUAUGAACCUAAGCAUGAGCCAAGAUAUGAUGACAGAGAGCUGUAUUACGGCAAAAAGGAGUAUAAAUAUGAAAGACAAGAUCUAUAUAAGACUCCCUAUCCCGAGGCACGGCCUUUAGAAUAUCAAAAGGGUUUGGUUAACAAUCCCAUAGGAAGAGAACUUUUGGAAACAGUUGGAAAAAACUAUAACUACAAUAGUGCCUAUUACCCAAAUUUGUACUAAAUUGUAACGAAUUUACCGAUUCUUAAAAAUAACAUGUAAUUAAAAAAGGUUUCAUUUA